CUGCAGAAGCCAUCACUCUGUGAAUCUUUGCCGCUCAGAUCCCUGUCUCUUACUCGACCGUCAUCUUGUUCAUCUGUCCAAAAUGCGCGAAAUUGUGCAUUUGCAGGCCGGCCAGUGCGGAAACCAGAUCGGAGCCAAGUUCUGGGAGGUGAUCAGUGACGAGCACGGCAUUGAUCCCACUGGUACCUACCAUGGAGACAGUGAUCUGCAACUAGACAGGAUCAGCGUCUACUACAAUGAGGCCACAGGUGGGAAAUAUGUGCCCCGUGCAGUCCUGGUUGAUCUGGAGCCUGGUACUAUGGAUUCAGUCAGGUCAGGACCUUUUGGACAAAUAUUCAGACCUGACAACUUUGUCUUUGGUCAGAGCGGGGCUGGAAACAAUUGGGCCAAGGGCCACUACACUGAGGGCGCUGAGCUGGUGGACUCUGUCCUGGAUGUAGUGAGGAAAGAGGCUGAGAGCUGUGAUUGUCUCCAGGGUUUCCAGCUCACUCACUCCCUAGGUGGUGGCACUGGCUCUGGUAUGGGUACCCUGCUCAUAAGCAAGAUUCGCGAGGAGUACCCCGACCGCAUCAUGAACACCUUCAGCGUGGUGCCUUCUCCCAAAGUGUCUGACACCGUGGUGGAGCCCUACAAUGCCACUCUCUCUGUGCACCAGCUGGUGGAGAACACAGAUGAAACCUACUGCAUUGACAAUGAAGCUCUUUAUGAUAUCUGCUUCCGCACACUUAAACUCACCACCCCCACCUACGGAGACCUCAACCAUUUAGUGUCCGCCACCAUGAGUGGAGUGACCACCUGCCUGCGUUUCCCUGGCCAGCUCAACGCUGAUCUCCGUAAACUCGCUGUGAACAUGGUGCCAUUCCCCCGUCUGCACUUCUUCAUGCCAGGGUUCGCUCCCCUCACCAGCAGGGGCAGCCAGCAGUAUCGCUCGCUGUCUGUGCCCGAGCUCACCCAGCAGAUGUUUGAUGCCAAGAACAUGAUGGCCGCCUGCGACCCGCGUCACGGCCGCUACCUCACUGUGGCUGCGGUCUUUAGGGGGCGUAUGUCCAUGAAGGAGGUGGACGAGCAGAUGUUGAAUGUGCAGAACAAGAACAGCAGCUACUUCGUUGAAUGGAUCCCAAACAAUGUGAAGACCGCCGUCUGUGACAUCCCACCACGUGGCCUCAAAAUGGCUGCCACUUUCAUUGGCAACAGCACAGCCAUCCAGGAGCUGUUCAAGCGCAUCUCUGAGCAGUUCACUGCCAUGUUCCGCCGUAAGGCCUUCCUUCACUGGUACACAGGUGAGGGUAUGGAUGAAAUGGAGUUCACCGAAGCAGAGAGCAACAUGAACGACCUGGUGUCUGAAUACCAGCAGUACCAGGACGCCACCGCAGAGGAAGGCGAGUUUGAGGAAGAAGGCGAAGAGGAAGUCGCAUAAAAAGCUCACAGCAGCCAUACCUCAUUUCACUUCACCCAUCCCCCUACUCCAUCCUCCUCAUCCCUUUCCAUCUUGAACUGAAUGGUCUGCCACAGUGAACAAUUGUCACAAUCUAGAUCACUGAUGCUCUAGUGUUAGACAUUGAUGUUAACUGGUACUAGUGAAGUUUUUUUGUUAAUGUUUUGUAUGUUGUGAAUGCACUGGAUUAUUGGCAUCCUUACAUCUGUCCUUUCAUUGCCUUGCCAUAUUUAAAAAGCAAGUGAUUUUAACUGUGAAGCCUUGAAAGAAUGAUUAAAAUCACAUUGAAAGGCC